AUGCAUCUCAAACAAGGGCUGAAGAGCCUGACAUUGUCUUUGCUGCUCUCUUUCACAUCCGCAGAUUUUAUCAUCCCUCUUCAGAAUCUCGGUCUCCCGGGCUUACCGGCGUCGUAUGACUACAUUGUCGUUGGAGCUGGCACAUCUGGCCUCGCCCUUGCCGCGCGCCUUGUGCAAAAUGGUAAUUCUGUAGCCAUUGUUGAAGCUGGUGGUACCUAUCAGAUAGAAGCCGGUCUCACCGCCAUCAUUCCAGGAUUUGCAGCGGCAGCACAAGUUGGCACUGAUCCCUCGGAUGACUCUACACUAAUCGACUGGAAUUUCGUCAGCACGCCACAAAGUGGUGCGAAUGACAGAGUGAUUAGAUAUGCACGAGGAAAGUGUAUUGGUGGAACGUCAGCCAGGAACUUCAUGCUCUACCAUCGUGCAACGCAAGGUGUAUUUAAUCUCUGGGCAUCUCUUACCAAUGACGCAUCCUGGUCGUGGAGUUCAGUAUUUCCAUACUACAAGAAAAGUCCAACCAUUACUCCUCCAAAUACAUCUGUGCGCCAAGCUAACGCGUCUGUUGUUUACAAUCCUUCCGCUUUUGACAAUUCUCAGAAUGGGCCUCUCCAAGUCUCCUGGCCUAACUUUGGAUCUCCCCUUGGAACCUGGAUUGAAGGCGCACUCACUGCUCUUGGUAUGGCACCAAACGCAGACUUUCAGAGCGGCAGUCUCAAUGGAAGUGCAUGGAUUCCCUUGACCGAAGAGUCUGCUUCCGAAACAAGAGAGUCCUCCGCAACGAGUUUUUUGAGCGCCGUCCUCGGUUCUAGCAAAUUGAAGGUCUAUGCUCAUACUAUGGCUCAAAAGAUUACAUUCUCUGGAACCACAGCAAAUGGAGUGAAUGUACAAACUCUUGGCCUCAAUUACAAAUUGACGGCAAAAAAGGAAGUCAUUAUUGCCGCUGGAGCCUUCCAGUCGCCUCAACUACUUAUGGUUUCUGGAAUUGGACCACAAGCUACAUUGGCGAGUAAUGGCAUUUCAGUGGUGAAAAAUCUUCCUGGUGUGGGACAGAACCUUCAAGACCAUGUCCUCUUCGGCGUUACCUAUCCCGUCAAUGUCAUCACUGCUACUCGCCUCGUAACAGAUGAUAUCUACGCAGCCCAAGUUCUUCUGCAAUAUUUAAGUCAACAAGGACCUCUAACAGCACCUGGAUUCGGUAUUGUUGGCUUUGAGAAGCUACCAGCAGCAAGCCGCGCGAAUUUCUCUGCUACAACACAAGCAGCUCUGGCGAACUUUCCCGCAGAUUGGCCAGAGGUCGAGUACAUCACUGUCGAAGGAAUUGUCAACGGCCUGAAAAAUGCAAGUGAUCAAGAAGUCCAGGACGGAUACAAUUACGGAGCCAUUGCAGGUGCACUCGUUGCUCCAGUUUCUCGUGGCAGCGUUUCGAUAUCGUCUUCCAACAUCAAUGAUCCUCCAGUCAUUGACCUGGGCUACCUUACAGAUCCCGCAGAUCAGGAAGUUUCGUUAGCUCUUUUCAAACGAAUCCGCGAUGCAUGGGCUCAGACUACUGUCCAGGUGGGUCCAGAAUAUACUCCAGGUGCCGCUGUGCAAUCGGAUGCAGAUAUCCUCAACUAUAUUCGCGAAACAAUAACUCCAGUUUGGCAUGCAGCAGGUACAUGUAAAAUGGGAAACAGCAGCGAUGCUUUGGCCGUUGUUGACAGCCACGCCCGCGUUUGGGGGGUUCAAAAUUUGCGUGUGGUGGACGCAAGUAUCUUUCCGCUACUUCCGCCAGGUCAUCCUCAGAGUGCGUGUUACAUGGUUGCGGAAAAGAUUGCGGACUUCAUCAAGAACGGGCAGUAAGAAGUUUAGCGCCGCAGUGAAACACAGUCCUAAAUUCGAGAGGUUGAGGUAGAAACUUGCAACAUGUCGAGCUUCGUGUGCCUGUGUAACUA